CGUCCUUGUGCUAAGGGUCUGCCGCGCGCUUUCUUCUCAUCUUUUGUUAAAAGUACUCUUUUUCUCAGUUCUGAUCCGAUUUUUAUUGGUUUGAAUUGAAAACAAUCCACAUUCGAAUAAUAUUCAGGAGAGUAAGGAUUCGCAGCUCCUUGAUUUAGCCUGAUUUAGCGUCCAUAAAAGGAUACGUUCUCCGGAGAUUGAUUCUCCUGCGAAAAAGUGUCAGUUUUGCAAUGUAAGGGAAUGAGGGGGUGGUAAACCACCACGACAAGUGGAAGUUUGUUAUGUGACAAGGACGAAUUGUAAACGGGAAUGUUCUUAGGAACUAACUCGGUUUAAGUAAAGGAUUUACUGUUGGAUGGAUGGAAGGUUAGGUUGGCCCGUUAUACGCGGGAACAGCGAAUUUGUCAUUUGAUCCUUGCAGUCCUACUGCUAUUCCGUGAUACUCCUAUUGGACGGCUUGCCUCUUUAGUCCUUGAUUAUUCACACGCGCUGUACGGUUAUACAAGGGAGGUAUUAAUGUGAAAAGUAAGAAUUGAUCCUGAUUGACGUGAGUUGGAGGACAUUUGUCUUCCUGGAUUAAACGAGGGUCACGGAUUCAAAUUCGUUGCAAGAAGUUCAGGAAAGCUCUGCAGGAAGUUAAGGAAUGACUACUAGCAACUGCAGAAAAGGAUUCGUAACGUGCAUCGGUGAGCGAGAGUGAGAGUAAAUGAGAUAAACAAAAAUUGCGCAAUGUCUGUGUUUCUGGCGUGGUAGCAGCAGGAAUUGUAAUGAAUUAAUAACGUUUCGCUAAUAGUUCGAGACAACGAAGUAGUUCGGAUAUUACAUCGCUAGGAAAUUGGAUAUUUCCAUCUGGAUUGAAUUCGGCCGGUAUCUUUAAGCUGAGACGGAAAAUUGGCUCAAUUCUACAGAGAUACAUCUAGAUAGAGCAGCUUACGAUUCAAAAUGCUACGAAUAAUGCACGGACCUUAUGAGAAUUUAUAAAAUUAAACUGUUUUCAACGAAGCCUUAUCCAUGCUCUCCCAAUUGAAGUAAUCAAGAAGCUAGAAAUCUUGGCGAAAGAGUGCCCUGAAUUGAGUGAUGAUCCUUUUGAAUGAGUGAAACCACGACAACAACAACGACGACUUCAAGACGGAAGGUGUUGGGAGCAGGAGGUGGCGGUGGUGGUGGCGUGGGUGGUAGCUCUAGUGGGACAGGUGAAGUAAGCGGCAGUGGUAGCGGUGGAACUGGCAGCUUAUUGGGGGUUAGUGGCUACGGCCCGAGCUAUAGUCUUCCGCAAACAAUAACAGUAGGAUCUGGCGACGGCGGGGGCGGAUCAAGUAGCGGUGGGGGAGGCGGUGGAGGAGGAAGUGGAGGAGGUGGUAGCGGAAUAGCUGCCGGUGGAUUUUACAUAACUACUGGUGCAUUCGGUAGUGGUAACGGCAUCGGCACGGGUAGUACCGGUCCUGGAAGCAGCAGUGGAGGUAGCUUAGGCAUAGGAGCACCCGGGCAAGCAUCUGGCGGUCUGCUGGCAACGAACGGACCACCAGCAGGUGGAAGCACAGCUCCCGCCCCAACUCACAGUACGGCGGAGAUAAGGCAGCUACACGUAGCCGGAGGCGGAACCGGUGGCGGUACAAGUGGUACUGUUGGAGUGGUGGGCAAUAGCGGAACUGGUCUUUUAUCUGGCAUUGGCAGUACCAUGGGUCCAAGUAGCGCUAUCAGUGGAGUUCCGCCAAUCGGUAUUGGCAUCGCCACCGGUCUUGGCAAUAAAAUGCUUGGACGUAAGCAAAGUCUUAAAGGUAUCGAACCAAUAUUGGCCGAUUAUGGGCCAGAAGAAUCACUGAAUGAAAGUGCCGACAUUGAAUGGGUAAAUAAGUUAUGGGUGAGGCGAUUAAUGCGAUUCUGUGCCCUGGUAUCCUUGACUUCAGUUUCGCUGAAUACACCAAAGACCUUUGAACGGUAUCCACCCUUACAAUACAUUACAUUGGCGAGCGAUUCGACCGUUGCAUUUCUAUUUACAGCAGAAAUGAUUGCGAAGAUGCAUAUUCGUGGGAUUUUAAAGGGCGAAGUUCCCUAUCUCAAGGAUCAUUGGUGUCAAUUUGAUGCAUCCAUGGUGUUUUUCCUCUGGUCAUCGAUAAUUCUUCAAAUUUUUGAAAUUUUAAUGAUCGUGCCCAAAUUUUCAUACCUUUCAAUAAUGCGUGCCCCACGGCCGCUGAUCAUGAUACGUUUUCUACGAGUCUUCCUGAAAUUUUCUAUGCCAAAAAGUCGAAUUAACCAAAUUUUCAAGCGGUCGAGCCAACAAAUCUACAACGUAACUCUCUUCUUUUUAUUUUUUAUGUCAUUAUAUGGUUUAUUAGGUGUACAAUUCUUCGGUGAACUUAAAAACCACUGUGUCCUUAAUACAACCGAACCAUACUAUUUAACAAUAAAUUCACUAGCCAUACCGGAUACAUUCUGUUCGAUUGAUCCUGAUUCCGGUUAUCAGUGUCCGCCCGGAAUGAAAUGCAUGAAAAUGGAUUUUCUAAGCAACUAUGUGAUGGGAUUUAAUGGUUUCGAGGACAUUGCAACAAGCAUAUUCACGGUUUAUCAGGCUGCAUCACAAGAAGGCUGGGUAUUCAUCAUGUAUCGUGCAAUAGAUUCAUUGCCAGCCUGGCGAGCAGCAUUUUAUUUCAGUACAAUGAUAUUUUUCCUGGCUUGGCUGGUGAAGAAUGUUUUCAUAGCUGUAAUAACUGAAACCUUCAAUGAAAUUCGUGUUCAGUUUCAACAAAUGUGGGGCGCUCGUGGUCAUAUACAAAACAGUGCAGCAUCCCAAAUUUUAUCCGGAGAUGAUACUGGCUGGAAGCUGGUCACUAUUGAUGAUAACAAACAUGGAGGCCUGGCACCUGAAGCAUGUCAUGCCAUUUUGCGAUCACCAUACUUUCGGAUGAUUGUGAUGACUGUGAUCCUGGCCAAUGGUAUCGUAACAGCUACGAUGAGUUUCAAACAUGAUGGCCGUCCCCGACAUAUAUUCUACGAGAACUACUACUAUAUCGAGAUGGCGUUCACGUUUUUCUUAGAUUUGGAGACUCUUUUUAAGAUUUACUGCCUGGGAUGGCGAGGAUACUAUAAGCAUUCCAUUCAUAAGUUUGAGUUACUGUUGGCGAUCGGGACAACGCUGCAUGUCAUUCCAGGACUCUAUCUAUCUGGGCUCACGUACUUCCAGGUGCUUCGAGUGGUUCGCUUGAUCAAGGCAUCACCAAUGUUGGAAGGGUUCGUUUACAAAAUCUUUGGGCCAGGAAAAAAGCUUGGUUCGCUGAUCAUAUUCACCAUGUGCUUAUUGAUCAUCAGUUCCUCCGUUUCGAUGCAGCUGUUUUGCUUCCUCUGUGAUUUCACUAAGUUUGAAUCGUUCCCAGAAGCGUUCAUGUCUAUGUUCCAGAUUCUUACGCAAGAAGCUUGGGUGGAGGUAAUGGACGAAACAAUGAUUCGAACCAGUAAAACCCUCACACCGCUGGUAGCUGUGUACUUUAUCCUGUAUCACUUGUUUGUCACGCUCAUUGUGCUGAGUUUGUUCGUCGCAGUCAUCUUGGAUAACCUGGAGCUUGACGAAGACAUUAAGAAACUGAAGCAGCUUAAGUUUCGGGAGCAGAGUGCUGAGAUAAAGGAGACCUUACCGUUUCGUCUGAGAAUUUUUGAAAAGUUCCCCGAUUCUCCACAGAUGACAAUCCUGCAUAAGAUUCCGAACGAUUUUACGCUUCCAAAAGUACGCGAGUCCUUUAUGAAGCAAUUUGUGAUUGAGUUGGAAGCAGAUGAUCCUUCCAUGAUAGAAGGAGGCAAACGACCGAUGUCUGAGUGCUGGGAAUCAAAUGUUGUAUUCCGUAAACAGAAGCCUGUGCGAAUCAUGAAUAAAACCCCCAAGGUUCGCUCGGCAGGCAACAGUCUUCGCAAACUUGCUAUAACACAUAUAAUCAAUGAUUCCAACAAUCAACGUUUGAUGCUCGGUGACUCCGCAAUGCUCCCGGUUGUUGGAGCGAAAGGACUAAAGCCACAAGGUACCAUUACCCAUACGAAACCUUGGCGUGUUGAUCAGAAAAAAUUCGGUUCACGAUCUAUCCGACGAUCUGUACGUUCAGGAUCAAUAAAGCUUAAGCAAACCUACGAGCAUCUAAUGGAAAAUGGCGAUAUUGGUGCAGCUUCACGUGUUACAUCAUCAAGGGCUCGUCCUCACGAUCUCGAUAUAAAGCUUUUACAGGCCAAAAGACAACAGGCGGAAAUGCGACGGAACCAGCGUGAAGAGGAUUUACGAGAGAACCAUCCGUUUUUCGAUACGCCUUUGUUUAUGGUACCGCGUGAAUCACGCUUUCGUAAAAUUUGCCAAAGGAUCGUGCAUGGAAGAUACGAUGCAAGACUUAAAGAUCCUCUUACUGGAAAGGAGAGGAAGGUGCAAUAUAAAAGUUUACACAAUUUCCUGGGCCUUGUUACCUAUCUGGACUGGGUGAUGAUUUGCGUAACUACCCUCUCCUGUAUCUCGAUGAUGUUUGAGACACCAAGUUAUCGUGUCAUGGAACAUCCUGCAUUACAGGUUGCCGAAUACGCUUUUGUGAUUUUCAUGAGUCUGGAACUGGCUCUGAAGAUCCUUGCCGAUGGAUUGUUCUUCACACCGAAAGCCUAUAUCAAGGACGUAGCAAGCGUCUUGGAUGUUUUCAUCUACGUUGUCUCCACGUCCUUUCUAUGUUGGAUGCCAACGCAGGUUCCAACAAACUCACCUGCACAACUCUUGAUGAUUUUGCGAUGCGUUCGACCACUUAGAAUUUUCACUCUUGUCCCGCAUAUGCGUAAAGUUGUCUAUGAAUUGUGUCGAGGUUUCAAAGAGAUCCUGUUGGUAUCUACACUCCUGAUACUCCUUAUGUUUGUGUUUGCCAGUUACGGGGUUCAGUUGUACGGUGGACGUUUGGCGCGCUGUAACGAUCCUACUAUAAAUCGUCGCGAGGACUGUGUAGGGGUGUUUAUGAGACGGGUUUUCGUAACGAAGAUGAAACUCCAGCCCGGCUUCAACGAGUCGUAUCCGUCGAUGUUGGUACCACGAGUUUGGGCGAAUCCACGACGAUUCAAUUUCGAUCAUAUCGGGGAUGCAAUGCUGACACUAUUCGAGGUCCUUUCAUUUAAGGGGUGGCUUGAUGUGCGCGAUGUCCUUAUUAAGGCAGUUGGACCUGUCCAUGCAAUCUAUAUUCAUAUCUAUAUAUUUUUGGGUUGCAUGAUUGGACUGACACUGUUUGUAGGCGUGGUGAUUGCCAAUUAUUCUGAAAAUAAAGGUACGGCCUUGCUAACAGUUGAUCAGCGACGUUGGUGUGAUUUGAAGAAACGACUGAAGAUUGCUCAACCUCUACAUUUGCCACCACGUCCUGAUGGUCAUAAGAUCCGUGCCUUUACGUACGACAUAACCCAGCAUAUUAUUUUCAAACGUUUCAUUGCCGUCGUAGUUUUAAUAAAUAGUAUGUUGUUAUCAAUAACGUGGAUCAAGGAUGAGAUUCAUACCGAACGUUUGGUUAUCGUUAGUACAGUUCUAACGUUUGUUUUUGUUGUAGAGGUCGUUAUGAAAAAUAUCGCAUUUACGCCGCGCGGUUAUUGGCAAUCACGUCGAAAUCGUUACGACCUGUUAGUGACCGUCGCAGGUGUGGUGUGGAUAUUUUUACAGAUCAUUUUAAGUAGUCAUCUAUCCUAUUUUAUCGGUUUCAUGGUUGUUAUAUUACGUUUUUUCACCAUCACCGGCAAACAUACAACAUUGAAAAUGCUCAUGUUAACUGUUGGUGUAUCCGUAUGUAAGUCGUUCUUUAUUAUAUUCGGUAUGUUCUUGCUGGUGUUCUUCUAUGCACUGGCUGGCACCAUAUUGUUCGGUACAGUUAAAUAUGGUGAAGGUAUAGGUCGUAGAGCAAAUUUCGGUUCACCUGUAACUGGUGUUGCAAUGCUAUUUCGUAUUGUAACUGGUGAAGAUUGGAAUAAAAUUAUGCAUGACUGCAUGGUGCAACCUCCAUAUUGCACUAUGGCUGAUAAUUAUUGGGAGACCGAUUGUGGUAAUUUCACGGCCAGUUUGAUCUAUUUUUGCACUUUCUAUGUGAUCAUUACGUACAUUGUUCUAAAUCUGCUAGUGGCUAUCAUCAUGGAGAACUUUUCCCUGUUCUACUCCAACGAGGAGGAUGCCCUGCUCUCAUAUGCAGACAUUCGGAAUUUCCAAAAUACUUGGAACGUCGUUGAUAUACACCAACGAGGAGUGAUACCGGUGCGUCGUGUUAAGUUCAUUCUGCGCUUGUUGAAAGGACGUCUUGAGUGCGACCCGCAAAAAGAUCGAUUGCUUUUCAAGUACAUGUGUUACGAGCUGGACAAGUUGCACAAUGGAGAGGAUGUAACCUUUCAUGAUGUGAUCAACAUGCUUUCGUACCGCUCCGUGGACAUCCGUAAAGCGCUUCAACUGGAAGAGCUCCUAGCGCGGGAAGAAUUUGAGUAUAUCAUUGAGGAAGAAGUAGCCAAGCAGACCAUUCGGACCUGGCUGGAAGGAUGUCUUAAAAAAAUCCGUGCGCAAAAUGCGAGCAAACAACAAAACUCGUUGAUCGCGGGUUUGCGAGCAACCAACGAGCUUCCACUCCGUGCCGAUUUAGGGGAAGAGAAAAACAAAGACGUAACCUCCCUAGAACAUCGAGCAAUUAAUAUUGCAGCAACGUCAGCGACCGCUGUGGCCGCUACCAGUUCGAGUCAUCAAACGGGCUCUAUAACUAGUAUCAUUGACCACGAAGAGAAGGAUCCUAGUGAAAGGGAAGGACAACAGCAACAGAUCGUCCAACAGCAACAACGUCAACAACAGCAACGGAAGUCUAAGCCUCCCGUUUUGAAUCGUUCCGACUCCACAGGUAGUUCAUCAGGAAGAAAGUUCCUCGCACCCACCCUGUCUGAUCCACAGGCACGCAACGACAAGGAACGUUACAGCCAAAAGAAGAAGGUCAACGCCCGACAACACACGACUAGUGCUCUUGGCGGAGCAGGUGGUCCUAUCCUUGGUCCAGGGACAAGCAGUGGUCUAAGUAGUGGCUCAAGCAUAGCCGGGGCCAGUAUGACUGGUAUAGCCAACGUGGCUGGUGGUCUGAGUACUUCGGUUAGUAAAAACAACUUGCCUCAUCUCAACGAGCUCAUCAAUCAUUACCACCCCGGUCAUUUUCACGGUCAGCAGCAACAGCAACAGUCUAUCCACUACUAUCACCACCACCACCAUCAUCAUUCUUCAGGACAACAACAGGUAGACCUACAACAACCGCAGCUACAACUGGGUAAUACCGUGAAUAAGUUCCUUACACUAAACAACCAAGGAAGCCUAGUGUACGAAGUCCAUGACUGGUGGCAGGAACAAGCGGUUUGUACGCAAAGUAGUGACGAAGAGUCCUAGGAGUUGGACCUAAUCUAGUUUACUGGUUCAGGAAUUUUUUAUGUGUUUUGGAUUACUUUUAAAUUUAGUUUGUGAAUAGGACUUCAUAUACGAUAAAUUAGGAUCAAUAUUGUAAAAUAAAGUUGACAAUGGAGUGGCGAUUAAUAGAUCAAG